CCAACCAAUACAUUCACCGGGCAGUGACUUGUCAUUUCGCCAGCAGCUUAUUUAUUGCAUUGUGCAUACAUAAUGAGCAAGUCAAGUUGCUUGACACAAAGCACUGCUAUAUAUAAAAAGGAGGCAAAGGAACAAGAAAGUCCAAUUGGGUUCUGAAAGAAGGACUCUCGGAGAAGGAUGCAGAUGCAGACUCACACGUCGGCACGGGAACAGCAGCACAUUCUGCGCGCGAGGAACUCCGUGCGCAGCAGCCAUAGAGAGAGCCCGUCCGAAGAAGAGAGAGCAGAUGAGGAAGCAUCAAGGACAGCUCUCUCCUCGUUCCGUAUCAAGGAAGAACAGAUCGAGAGGAAGAAGAUGGAGGUCAGAGAGAAGGUCUUCGCUCAGCUGGGCAGGGUGGAAGAGGAAAGCAAACGCCUGGCCGUGAUCCGAAAGGAACUCGAAACCAUGGCGGAUCCAACAAGCAAGCAAGUGUCAGACUUACGCAAGAAGAUAGAUGCAGUUAACAGUGAACUGAAACCUCUAGGCCAGAACUGUUUGAAGAAGGACAAGGAGUACAGGGAUGCUCUUGAGGCCUUCGAUGGAAAGAACAGGGAGAAGGCCCAACUAGUCAACAAGCUAAUGGAGCUGGUGAGCGAGAGCGAGAGGCAAAGGAUGAGAAAGCUGGAGCAGUUGAGCAAGACAAUAGACUCUCUUCGGUAGGGCAAGUCUGCUGGAGCUAGUGGUCGAGGAAGGAGCUCCCUCAUGUUCUUGUUUCGGAUGACGUCGUCUUCCGAUUGCAUCUCUCAUCGGGACUAGAAUGCUUGCCCUUUCUUUACUCUUCGUUUUAAUUGCUGCUUUGUGUGGCUUGAUGAGUGUAAUAAGCUGAUAGCGAGUUUGUGUUUACAUCACAGAUGAAAGAAACAUUCUGCAUCGAGGAAAACUGCAAAACGUGUUUGCAUUGGUUUACUUGCGCAGCAAGAACUAUUGCUUUUCAUCGGUUGGAUCCACUUAAGAUUCGUGUUGUCAGAUGAUGAUAGACGGUCGCCUUCGCUGUCUGUUGCCGUCGUCGACGGUUUGCCCGUGGCGGUUCGUCCACUGUUCGAAUAGCGUCCGCCGCCGAUGACUCUCGUCGACGCUGCUCCUUAAUAUGUCGU